AUGGCUGGGCUGUCAGCCCGAGACUACGGGGGAGGGCUUGCAACAAAGGGGUGGGAAGGGCGUGCGACCCAAGAUGUGUCGCUGACCAAAGACGAUGGCUUCGAUGAGGAAGUGGCGCAAGCGGCGGGCAUCACUGAUGAAGACCCAAAUCAGGACCUGCUUAAGCAGCGUGCGAAGGAAGGCCGAGCCCGAGCCAACGAGCUGGCCGAGUUUGCAAAGCUGCAGGAAAGCCAGAAGAAGGAGGCGGCAAGCAAGGCAGGGCUGGCAUCACUGGUGGCGGAGCGUGCCGCAGCCAAAAACACAAAACGUGAACUUCCGAGCUUCUUGAAAGUUGGCGGGGCAAAAAGCCAGACGCCGGAGCCGGAGGCCAAGCGGCCCAAGAACGAAGAGGCGCCCCAGGCGCCCAAAGCCUCUGAGGCCACAGCCAAUGAAGGGCCCGCAGCUGGCGGGAUUGGAGGCCUCGGGGGAUAUGAGUCGGACGACUCCGAGGAGGAUGACUAG